AUGCAGCCGAUAGCGAGGGCCUUCACUCGAACGACUCUUGCGCCAUGGACCUGUACACGAUGUACGCUUCAAUCGCAGACGAAAAAAAGCAUUAGAGGAUAUGUCACAGGCGGGAGAUAUGCGGCAAAGGCGCGAGGGAAGCCAAAGAAGAGAGGAAGGGUAGUUUUGGCUGCCACGACAGGGACGUUGGGUCUCACUGCACUUGCCUUUCAAGACGAAACCAAGCAUGCCUAUAGAGCUGUACAGAGAACGGGGAGAGUUGCUGGGACACUGGCACUUUGUAUUAAUGAUUACCGAGUCACCUUGAAUAAGAACGAGCAAUUGGGAGACGAGCAUGAGGAAGAGCAGAACCAGAGCUUGAAGGCUUGUCAUCAAAGAUGCGCAGAUAGGACGCUGAAGGUACUAGAGAAGAAUGGCAGUAUUUUUAUUAAGCUUGGGCAACAUCUUAGCGCGAUGGGCUAUCUUUUGCCUUUAGAAUGGACCACUACAUUUAUACCACUUCAAGACAAAUGCCCCGUCUCUUCCAUCGAAUCGAUCAGAGAAAUGUUCGAAAAGGAUACGGGCCAACCGCUUUCAGAGUAUUUCUCCGAAUUUUCGCCACUACCAAUAGGUGCUGCAUCUUUGGCUCAAGUGCACUUGGCGACUAUCAAGGAAACCGGACAGCGGGUCGCCGUAAAGGUUCAGCAUCCAGCACUUGCAGAGUGGGCAGACUUAGAUCUGGGUCUUACGAAAUUUACAUUUUCUACUCUCAAGAGAUUCUUCCCUGAAUAUGACCUGGAGUGGUUAUCAAAAGAGAUGGAAUACUCGCUUCCUCAAGAACUGGACUUUGUCCGCGAGGGGGAGAACGCACUACGAGCCAAGGAGUACUUCUCGCACAUCCCCGAGUUACCCCUUGUCAUUCCAAAUGUACUGUGGUCCAAAAAACGAAUUUUGGUUAUGGAAAACGUAUCCGGACAUCGCCCCGACGACCUUGAAUUUCUGGACUCCAACAACAUUGACCGCGAUGAUGUUUCUGCUGCCCUUUCGAGGAUUUUCAACGAGAUGAUCUUCGGUACAAAUGCACCCCUCCACUGCGACCCUCAUGGUGGUAACAUAGCAAUCCGAAAGAACAACAACCGAAGGGGAGCAAACUUUGACGUCGUCUUGUAUGAUCACGGGCUUUACCGAGAUAUUCCUCAAGACCUGAGAAGAAGUUACGCAAAGCUUUGGCUUGCUGUCAUAGAUUCCGAUGAGACGAGAAUGAGGAAAUAUGCCAAAGAAGUAGCUGGAAUCACCGAUGAGCAGUUCCCAUUGUUUGCUUCAGCGAUCACGGGUAGAGAUUAUACGGUCGUCAAGAGUAGUAUCGCCACAGCAAAAAGCGAUGCCGAGAAGAAGAACAUCAACGACGCACUCGGUGAAGGGAUGCUACAACAGCUUGUCCAGAUGCUUGGGCAAGUUCCUCGAAUCAUUCUUCUCAUUCUCAAAACCAAUGAUCUUACUCGGAGUUUGGAUGAGAAUCUACACACUCGCCUUGGACCGGUCAGGACGUUCUUAAUCCUAGCAAGAUAUUGCUCGAGGACGGUUUACGAAGAACAGGUGGAGGAUUUGAAGAAAAGAGGUAGUCUUUGGAGACCUACAAGCAUUUUGGGGCUCCUAGGAGCCUGGUUAGGUUACUUUAGAGUGGGGAUGAAGCUUGAGGCUUUCGAGACUUGGUUGAAGGUUCAAAGAGUGUUGGGGAUGGUUUGA